AUUCAAAUUCUUGACCGAUCCACUUCUGGAAACAACCCCACAACCCACUUCUUUAUCCCAGGAGGAAUAAGAAGGAAGAUCAUCUCCCAUGGACCUUGGCGAUACACAGACAGCAUCCAUACCAACUCCUCUUCCUCAUACAGACCCGGAUGAAUCAAAGUCUGUAACGGCACAGGGAGCAAACCCAGACUGUGGGGUGGACUCGGAAAGGCCCAUGUCUGAGUCAGAGCCACCACCUCAGAUACUAUGGGAAUCACACCCCGCACAGACGGUGUCUAUUUCUCCACUUCCUAACAUAGACCCUGAGGAAUCAGAGUCAGUUCUGAAGCUGGAGACAGCCCCAUGCCCUGAGGUGGACCCCGAAAACACAAACUCUGACUCAGUUCCAUGUCAGACACAAGAGGAAUUCGACUCGGCACAGAAACCAUCAGAGCAGCGAGAUCCAGUCCCAGGUUUGAUCCUGCUGACUGAUCUCUCCUUUCCAACUGUGUCAGAGACAGCACUGUGUCUAGGACCAGAACUAGACCCAUAUGACAUGAGGGGCUCUGAGGAUCCCAUAUCUGCUUCAGAACCACCUCUGAUAGACGUGGAACCAGACCCUGAGUUGGCGUCUAUACCCAGGCCUACUCCUCAUCUUCACAUAGAUUCCAGAGAGCUAGAGGCUACGCCGAAGCUGUGGCCAGACCCAAGCCCUGACACAGACUCAGAAAACCCAAGAUCUACAACAGAGACACCGCCUGAGCUCCAAGGGGAGCCCGACCCAGCCGAGAUACCUUCAGAGCAGCCGGCCACAGCAUUGACCUCUAUGUCUGAAUCGGAGGUUGACCUGGCCUCUCCAGCUGUAUCAUGUUCAGUGUCAUGUGUUGGACAACCAGACUUGUGCAAUGGGAUGCGAUCUGAAAAUCCCAUGCCUGCCUCAGAGCCACUUCAGAUAGAGAUAGAAAAAUGUCCUGAUCUGGUCCAGAUAAAGGCUAAUGAUCCUCUACCUCACCUAGACUCGCAGGAAUUUGAGCCGGUGCCACCUCAUCAAUCCGACCCAGCACAGACAGGCCUACAGCCAGAACAGCCAGCCCCAGUCUCACUGACUGUCAAGACUGAGCCCGGUCUCUCUUCUCUGGCUAUAUUGUAUCCAGCAGCAUACAUCAGACAAGAACCAGGUGUAGAGACUCUGCAGUCUGACUCACAGGGGAGGGACAGAAUCCUUGAAAGUUCCCACCUGCGAUGUCUCCAACCACAGUCUCAGUCUCUCCCAUACUUUCCACCCAUACAAUCGCCAACAUAUUCACCCAUGCGGCCUCAGCAGACUCCAUCCAUAUCGAAUGGCCCUUGUCCGAUGAUCUGUCACUCAAUCCUUAUCCCCAGCUGCCCUCCCCUGGAUCUCCCAUCAGACUUUCCUUUAUAUCACCCCCAGAUGAACCACAACUGCCCUCAACCAGGCCCUAAUCACCCUUCACUGACCCCCCAACCGAGGACUAAUUUCCUCUCACUGGCCCCCCAGCUACGCCCGAACCACCUCCAACCACCACCGGACCUCCAGCUCGGCCCAGGCUUACCCGGUCAUCUCCCUGGGAUGGCUGGUUCCAUCCCUGGUUCUAUCCCCAGCCAGCCCCCACCUCCCCAGGCCUGGUGUCUCAGCGAGGGCUCCUCCUCCCGGGGGAUGUUUGAGAACUACAGGUGGUGGCAGAACCUCCGAGACAUAGCCAGCAAAAUCUACCCCGACAGUGGACCUGACGCAGAGGCCCUGGCCUGCUUCUUCAUUCCAGUGAUUCGUUCCCUCUGUCUCCAGUACCCCUCGCUCCUCUUCACCCAGGGCAUCAGUAUAGCGGUGGGAGAAUGGGGGAAGCUCUCUAACUACGACCGUAUGGAGUACUAUCACUUGGCCCAGAAGUGUCUUGUGUGUGUGCUUGUGUGUGUGUGUGUGUGUGUGUGUGUGUGUGUGUGUGUGUGUGUGUGUGUGUGUGUGUGCUUGAUCAACUCUAGAUUCGUGGAGCUUGAGGUGGAGGAGGUGACAGCUAAGGAAAGGUCAAAGGUCAUACAAAGGUCACCGUCAGGUCAGAGUGGAGCCCAGGCUGAGUUGAAAGGUUACACGGGGAAGAGCAGUGCCACCACGUCAGCCAAAGAGACAGAAACCAAAUGCAACACAAGAGUUAACCAAGCCAAAGACAAAACUCAGAGGGCCACUAAGAGUGGCAGUGGUCCUAGAGUGUCCCGUGGUCGCAGACUAGGGAAAGUGGACAUCAAGGUCCUGGAGGAACGUGCCCUCGGGGAGUACACGGCAGCCAUGGAGGCCCUCCUUAUUGACCCCACCGGGGUCAGGGAGAGGUUAGAGGUCGGAAAUCAAGAGGAAGAGGGGGAUGAGAAGAAGAAUGAUGAGGAAGAAGAGGGAGGAGGAGAUGGGGAAGGCUCGUUCACAGAGUACCUAAAUGAGCUGUGCAGUCAGAAGGAGUUUGUCACUAAGGUAAUGAACAGACAAAGGAAUUGAUGUGAUGUCUAUUUUUCUUACAAUCAUAAGCAUUUCCUGGUGGAUUCUGUCUGUUCAGUCUUAUAAAUCGUAUAGUGUGAUGAUGGAUUUUUAAGGUAACGAACAACAGUUGAGAAAAAAUAAGAAACCUGCACACUGCUCUCGCUGGUAUCCCUGCUAUUUUUACAUAUCGGCCUCAAGGCCUUCGUAUUAAAAAAGUUUUAUCUAAGGGCGUCUCUUUUGUACCCACAUGUACAGACAAACCAUUUGAUACGAAAGUAGAUCUGUUUAAAUUAUUUUGCAAAAUUAAACAUCUGUUUUCCCCAAACACUAUUUCUGGCAUAGAAACCCAACAAAGAACUGUUACCCAUUUUAAGCCCAAAAGAAAAUGGUGUUUUAUGGUUAACAACUCAUCGAUUAAUACCUAUUGUAGGUUAGUCGAACAAGAAGCCAUGUCAGUAUAUACGAGACGAACAAACCGUAUUCAGAAGAACCUCACCAGGACAGAAGAACAUGUUUGGUUAUCAAACCUGCAGACAAGGGGGGUGCUGUGGUUGUUUUAGAAAGACAGAGACAACUCAGUAAUGAACAUUUGUGUUGAUCCCACACAGGUGUUCCAAAGGGACAUUCGCUCUAAUCUGGAGCCCGAUUAAACAACCUCCUCUCACAACUUGAAUAUGAAUCAUCUCACAACUUGAAUAUGAAUCAUCUCACAACUUGAAUAUGAAUACCUUUGCUACAAAUGUGCCAUACGUCCAUGCCUGUACAUUUAGCCUAAAUUAGGGAUUUAUCCAGGCAGACCAGUGGUUGCAGGAAUAAUCCCAAUGUUAGAGCCAUUGCUGAACUUUGUUGACUCUUUUAUUAAAGCUCACGUGCAAGCAUUGCCAGCAUAUGUGAAAAACUACAGACUUCAUAAACA